AAGGGCGUGGGGCAUGCGCUGCCUGCGCCGGCCGCAGCGGGAGGCGCCGGCGGCGGCGGGGCCAGUUACUCCUUAAUGGCCAUAAACCGUUCAAAGAUGAAAAAUAGCCCCAGCAUCUUGCAACCUCACCUUUAGAUGUUUUGAUUGUUACAGAAGUGAAAUGCUGUGAACAUCAAGUCCAGAAUUUCUCAGAUAAAUGGCUCAUUUAAACUGGGAGCUACUGAAAUACUCUCUGGCUGGCAAAUGCAGUGCCUAGCAGCAGUCAUCAAGGACGAACCAAACAUGAGUGGUGGAGGGGAGCAGGUCGACAUUCUCCCGACCAACUACGUGGUCAAAGAUCGCUGGAAAGUGCUGAAGAAGAUCGGUGGAGGUGGCUUUGGGGAGAUCUACGAGGCAAUGGAUUUGCUGACCCGUGAGAAUGUGGCCUUGAAGGUGGAAUCAGCUCAGCAGCCCAAGCAGGUUCUCAAGAUGGAAGUGGCUGUCCUGAAAAAGCUGCAAGGGAAGGAUCAUGUUUGCAGAUUUAUUGGCUGUGGAAGAAAUGAAAAGUUCAAUUAUGUGGUCAUGCAGCUUCAGGGCAGAAAUCUUGCAGAUCUCAGAAGGAGUCAGCCUCGGGGGACUUUCACACUGAGCACAACGCUGCGACUGGGCAAACAGAUUCUGGAGUCAAUAGAAGCCAUUCACUCUGUGGGGUUCCUGCAUCGGGACAUCAAGCCUUCCAACUUUGCCAUGGGCCGGUUACCUUCAACGUACAGGAAGUGCUACAUGUUAGACUUUGGGCUGGCCCGCCAGUACACCAACACCACUGGGGAAGUUCGACCACCUCGCAACGUUGCCGGUUUCCGAGGAACCGUCCGCUAUGCCUCCGUGAAUGCACACAAAAACAGGGAGAUGGGCAGACACGAUGAUCUGUGGUCCCUCUUUUACAUGUUGGUGGAGUUUGCUGUUGGUCAGCUUCCAUGGAGAAAGAUCAAAGACAAGGAGCAGGUUGGCAUGAUAAAAGAAAAGUACGAACACCGAAUGCUGCUAAAACACAUGCCUUCAGAGUUCCACCUUUUCCUGGAUCACAUUGCAAGCCUAGACUACUUCACCAAGCCAGACUAUCAGUUAAUCAUGUCGGUUUUCGAGAACAGCAUGAAGGAAAGGGGCAUCACUGAGAAUGAAGCCUUUGACUGGGAGAAGGCUGGUACAGACAUCUUGUUGUCCACUAGCACCUCAACUCCACCACAGCAGAACACCAGGCAAACAGCAGCCAUGUUUGGUGUGGUUAAUGUCACUCCGGUGCCCGGGGACCUGCUCCGUGAGAACACCGAGGAUGUCCUGCAGGGGGAACAUUUGAGUGACCAAGAGAACGCUCCUCCCAUCCUGUCAGGCCGGCCCGUGGAAGGCCUUGGGCAGGCUCCGAACACGGCUUUCAACGAGGGGGAAGUUUGGGAGGAGACAGAUGUGAAUCGCAACAAACUCAGGAUCAGCAUCAGCAAAACUCAGUGCAUGGUGGAAGAGGAGCAGAGAAACGGGGUGUGCCCCAGUUCCCCUGUCCGAGUGCCUCCGGAGUCACCGACCGCACAAGUGCGCUCCCUCCGCUACCGCCGCGUCAACAGCCCCGAGUCAGAGCGGCUCUCCACAGCUGAUGGAAAAGCAGAUCCACAUGAAAGAAGGUCUCGAAUGGACAUCCCUGGCUCUCCGUCCCGGCUCGUGUGCUCCUCGCAGCCGGCCCAGAUGCUGUCCAUCGACACGGGCCAGGCUGACCGGCAGGCCAGCGGCAGGAUGGACGUGUCGGCCUCUGUGGAGCACGAGGCCCUCAGCAACGCCUUCCGCUCGGUGCCGCUGGCGGAGGAGGAGGACUUUGACAGCAAGGAGUGGGUUAUCAUUGAUAAGGAGACAGAGCUGAAGGACUUCCACCCCGGCGCUGAGCCGAGCACCUCUGGAACCACGGAUGAGGAGCCCGAGGAACUGAGGCCUAUUGAAGAUGGGGAAGAGAGAAGGCGCCUGGGGGCGGAUGCUGCAGUGAGGCCGAAGACUCACGAUGGGCGAAGUCGGGGUAUGCUGCCUGUGACUGAGGAGGACAGUUCCCAUAGACAUGAAGGACCUUCUCAAACAGUGUCUGACAGUAGACAUGAACAGCAGACAGGAAGUCCAGCCCACUCCCCCUUACAUUCAGCACCAGCCCUCCGACAAAGGAGACGAGAAUCUGAACCUACUGGUCCUCAGAGACAGGCAUACAUGCUGAAGUCAUUUGAAAUAAAUGGCCUGCCCAAGGCGGUCCCUUUAAGUUUGCCUUACCAAGACUUCAGAAAAGAUAUGUGCAACUACUGGGAAAAGCCUAAGUUAUCCCAGCGGAUAAAGAAAGUUGAUUUUUCAAAUAUUGUCUUGACUGCUCCUUGCAAACCUCUGGAACCUUAUCUGGAAAUGAAUGGAAAAGAGGAGGAGGAGGAGGAGGAAGAAGAGGAGGAAGACUAUGAGGAGGAGGAAGAUGAGCAGGAUGAGGGGGAGGAGGAGGAGGAGGGCAAUGAGAUUGACAUGCACAGUGAUUCCAGCAGCGACCUGAGUCAGAAGAGCACGGAGCGCAGCCAGGAGUGCGCGCCGUCCACGCUCCUGGCUGAUGACCAGAAGGGCUCCAAGGGUCGGGCAUCCACCGCUGAUGGGGACCUGGAGCUGGAGGAAGGCUCAAAAACAUUAGUGCUGUUUUCACCAGGUGAUCUGAAGAAGUCUCCAGUGGCUGCAGAGUUACCUCCAGAAGUCGAUCUGGGCACUCUUGCUGCACUGACACCUCAGAGUGAGCGGCCGCAGCCCAUGGGGAGCCAGCUGGAUGUGUCUGAGCCAGGGACCCUGUCCUCAGUCCUCAAAUCAGAACCAAAGCCCCCCGUGGCAGUGGCUACAGCCUCCUCCCCGUUCACCAAAGUGGAGCGCACGUUUGUUCACAUCGCUGAGAAGACCCACCUGAACGUGAUGUCCUCCAGUGGGCAGCUGAUGCGGCACGAGGAGCACGGCCCCCUGGGGCAGUUUGAGGAGGUCAUCAUCGAGGAGGAGCUGGAGGACAACCUGGUGCUGGUGGAGAACGGCAGCAUUCACUCCGGGCUGGAAGGGGCAGAGACAGAGAGCUGCGUGCUGUCGGCCAACCAUGUGGAAACCACCUCAGAGACCGUGGGGGAGCAGCCGGCCCUUCCCAACGGCGUGCCAAAGCUUCCCGAGGAAAAGCCAGAGCCCUCUGGCAAAGCGGUGCUCUCACUGGACUUGGAAGAGCCUGCCAAGGUGGCUACAAGGGAGCCUGGCCUGGAGAAGGCAGCACCAGUGACAGAGCACCUGAAGCGAGCAGAGACCAUCCUGGAGACGCCACAGCCGGGCCCCAGGAGGCCGCAGGGCUCGCGGUACAGGAGCCGGAUACCCAUUUUGUUCUCUGAGGAGGACACUGGCUCAGACCUUUCAACUUCACUCUCAGCCAAAGAAAGGCUUUAUAAGAGGGCAAAGCAACCCGACCUGGCUCGCCUGGUGAUGGAGAAGAGGCAGAGCCGCCUCCUGCGGCUGGCCUCAGGGGCCUCCUCCUCGGCCUCCUCCAGCGACGAGCGGCGCCGGGCCUCUGAAACCCUGUCAGCCACCGGCUCCGAGGAGGACACCCACGACUCCGAUGACUCCAUCCCACGGAAGGGAGAGAGGAAGGCUGCGCUGCUGGGGAGGGAAGAGAGAGCCAUAAGCACAAGGAGCAGAAUUCCUCGUCCCAUCGUGCCGGUGAAAACGCCGCUGGAGGUGGCGAGGCCGGAGAGCUCCAUGGCUGCUACAGUGGCAGGGCUGGGCAGCUCCCCACAGGAUGCAGCCGCUGCCUGCAGGCUUCAGACACAGAGACCAGCUGGAAGUGUCCCGUCCGAGGGCCGAACAACCCAGGUACAAAGCCGGCUUCCUUCGUCACCGAGCUCCAGCUCCCUUCCUGCACGGAGCAGCUCGCAGAGGCCCAGUGGUGCAUCCCCCCGGAGCCCCGUCCUUCCUUCCAGGAACCCCAGUACAUCCCCCAGAAGCCAGCUGCUGCCUCGGAGGGAAAGUCCUUCUCCCUGCCGGCAGCACAAACCAGGGACUGCUCCUCAGCGCGUUCCUCCUUCCCCCCGACCUCAGCCCUCAGCUCAGGCCCCGGCGCCUACAGGAGAUUCCCUGUCGUCUCCUGGCGUGGCCAAAAAACGACAAAGAGGAAAAACCCAGACUCAAAGUCCAGCAACCAAAGGAAAGCAGGUGUCCCUGGAAAGUAAGGCAGCUGCCAGAUAAUGACCUUCCUCUGCGAGCCCAGCAGACUGGGUAACUUCUGCAUAUAGUAUACACUUGAGAUGCUGCAGCACAGCCUUCCAUGCUGGACCCACGAGUGUAUAGCAGUAGCUGUACUUGAAUGCUUCACUCACUCUCACCCCACACUGCAAUCAGCUCCCAGGGGCCUGGCAGCCUCUGAGCCACGGAGCCUUUCCAAGGGAGACCCCCCAGCUCGCAGCUUGCUAACGCACAGCACCCAGCCUGCCCAGUGCCUGACCUGCCUCCCUCCCCAGGGAUCCUCCUCCAUGUUAGCAAUACCAGUCCUCAACACUGAGUCCAGCUGUGGAAGGAGGAGCAGAGGUGACAAGAGCAAGGCCUGCUAAAAGAGGAAGGCUCCCGUCCUUCAGGCAGCUCCUUCCUUUCUCCUUGCUGGGGAAACACCAGCCUUGGUCUCUGCCAUCUCCCUGAGUGCUGGCUCGCCUCCCACCACCUGUGUUAGCAAGGGAUUGCCACUAGCUUAUUCAAGAGGGUUGGAUGCAUCCUUGUGUGCUGAGAUUAGAGGAGGGGUAAGGAGGGGAGGGCUCUACUCACCUUUCCAGAGGUGCCUCUACAGUUGGGAACUGGGAGACAGGCAGGUCUUGCUGGAUGCUCCCGCCUGCCCCAGUGUGUCCCACAGAGGAGGCUGUCUGGCAUUGCUUCUCAGACACUGCUGCUGUUUCAGCACAUGCCUGUGUGGUGGGUGCUUAGGUGGAAGUAGGGAUGUGUUGGCAGCUUGCUGGGAAAUCAGAGCUCUUGCUAAUUAAUGUAGAAGGGAGCACUCUGCAGCCACAUCUGUCACAAAUACCAAACUGUGAUCUGUGGACAUCACAUCCCCCAGCAAGGGUGGUUCCUCUCAGCCUGGGCGUGGUUGGUGCCACACAGACCUGCAGUGCACCGAACACAGCUCCAUUGUGAGGAUGUGGAUAGUCACUGGAUGCCUUUAGCCUGGGUGCCCCCUGCACCUGAAUUCCUUGUGGUUUGUUGUCACGCUCGUGGUGUUUGUGAAUUUUGGCACUGUGGUUGAAAGUUCCCCUACACGGCAGGGUGGGAAAUUAUUAUCCUGUAGUGUACCCAAAACCUGCUGCUUUGCAAUGAGAGGUUUGCUGGCAUGCCAUGGCCAUGUGCAUUUCCAUCUGAGGGGACAGUGGGCUGAGGGGCAGAGGUGGGGUUUGGAUCUUUUCCUUGGUGCUCACCUCUGCCAUGCAUUGAGGAUGAACAAUGUAAAAGCAAGGGCUAUGCUCUUCAAGUAAUAUUAUCUGAGCAUCAGCUAACGCUCAGCUAGAGCUAAAUCAACCAACUGUUUAGCCCCCAGACUAAUUAGGAAGGCUUGAAAGUGAAAGCAAGGAGGGCUGGUUCCUGUCUGAUCUUGAUGAGAUCUUGAAGUAGAUAAAAUUCUCCCCACACCUCACAGAAGAAAACACUCCAGACCCAAAUGCUUUGUGCUUCACACCAUUGUCAUGCCUAAAAGAGGCACUGCAUGAGACAGAACAAAAAUACAGCUGCUCUGUACACCUAUUCCUGCAGUUGCAACUACCUGCAAAUUUACUGUUUGCAGACAACAAAGCUUGACAGAGAAAUCUGAACAGUAAUGACUGUGAUUCAUUUGAACAUGAAUUGAAACAGUCACACACUGAUGGCCAGCAAGUUCAAGGAAUCCUGAAGCUGCUCAUAUCUCCUGGAAAGGAGUAUGAGAGCUGUGACAGGGUGUCAGGGAGAAACUCCUGGCACACCUGAACAGGGAAAUGUGUAGAAACAGGAGACAGGAAUUACCCCUUCAUGUGACAGUCUCAGUGUUGCCAGCACUAAGAAUUCAUUUCACCCUGCUCAAAAUGUUUUCCAUUGAUUUCCAAACAUGCCCUCAUCUUUGUAGAGCAGCACUGGAAGCUCAGAGGAGCUCAGGCUGUGGUCUGAUGGACUGAGCUGAUGUUGCCAUCAAAAGCAACAUCCCUCCAAGUUCCAGCUGUUUAGUUGCACAGUUCCACCACAUUUACAGUGCAGCAGCUAUUUGAUAAAUGGCUGGAAAGGCUGAUCCAGCACAACACAACCUGCUCUGAUUCCCCAGUUUAUUUUUCAUCUGGUUCAUUUCAUCACUCUGGUUCACCAUUUGGCCCCACAACAGAAGAAGGACACACAGAGACUGUGACCACUUCUUCUAGUGACACUAAAACUUUCUCUGAGUUUGAAGUGUGGGUCAGAAUAGAACCUAAGUAUGCACUGCAGGUUUAGAAACUAGAAAACAGAAUAAACUCAAAGACAGAUUCUUUCCAGAAAUAUAAAUCAUAAUGGGACUCCUAUUAAUUUAUUGAAGGUCUAUUAAUUUUAGAGUGCUCAGAUGGUAAGACUUGGUUGUGUAGCUUUUACCAGUUGGUCCAUCCAUGUCUUAAUGCACAUGCCAAAAAUGACAUUGAAAGAGCUUGGAAAGAGAACUACAGGAUUAUUAACAGGGUUAGCAAACCCGCCUCAUCAUGGGAAGCCAAUAAAGCACAAUCAGCGUAUUUGUUCAGGAAAAAGCUUAAGGGACAAUUUUUGUGGCCCAAUGUCAGAAAGGAAGCUCCAGGGCAGACACAAGGCUGGGUUGGACAGGGCAUCCUGGUCUAGUGGAAGGUGUCCUUGCUCAUAGCAAGGGGCUGAAACUGGAUGAUCUUUAAGGUCCCUUCCAACCCAAACCAUUCUAUGGUUCUGUGGUUCUGUGGGCUUCCUCUGGCACAUGAAAGCAGGGAAGUCAGAAGAGCCAAGAACAGCAGACAAAGAAAUUGAGCAGGCUUUUAAUUGUGAAGCAACCAUCCAGUGAAGUCUUUCACAGACUAUGGGGACUUCUUAAAUAAAAGGUUUCUGUGAAACUGAGCUGUCUUCUAAGAGGUCUAUCUACCAUGACCCCACCACAAGAAGCAGGCAGGAUUCUGGUGGCACCAAGGUAUCAUCAUCUCCCUCUGUGGUGCAGCAGAUUCCUGGUCCCACCAGGACACAUGCCAAAGCUGGGAUAUACUGGAGAGCCACCUGGCAGGUCCCACAGGUUUUCAGAAAGCGCAGCUGGACAUCAGGAACAGGUCUAUGCUGAACUGAGCAGGAGUAAUAGAUGUGAAUGGCUCCAAACCCACUGGUUUAUUAUGCUUUUUUGCCCCUGAAAUUUUUGCUCAGACAAUUUUUUUAAUAAUAUUUUUUCUUUGGUUCUAAUCUGGUUGCAAGAAAAUUAAAAAUAUAAGUAAAUACAUAAUCCAUGUUACAGAAAUUAAAGAAAAGUUUACAUUGAAAGGAACCCUUGGAAAUCACCUUGUCCAAUUUUCUAUUGAAAAUGAGACCCUGGAUUAGAUUAUGUAGGGCUGUGUCAAGAUGAGCCUUCAGUGUCUCCAGCAAGGAAGAUUCCACCACUUCCAUGAUUUAGUGAAUCAAAGAAUGGUUGAGGCAAGAUGGGACUUCUGGAGGUCAUCAGCAAAGCUGUUCACAGUGUUGUCUGACAGGGCUGGGCUGAAGGUGCAGCUGGGUCUGUAGAGAUCUGAGACCAGCAUGGGUCAUCUCUCCUCGUGGUUGUGCUGCCAGACUCCUGCACAGCCCUGCUUCCCAGCUGUCCCUGGCAUGAAGGGCAGCAGGAAAGUGCAUGGUGUGCCCCAGGCCACGUCCUCCUGAAUGGGGGUGCUCCCAUCUAGGGGAGCAGCACACACAGAAUUUCCUCUGGGUCCUCUCUUCUCCUGCUGCCCUGUGGGAAAGUUGGAAGGGCACCCACCAAAGCUGGAGCAAACAGAGGAGAACAUGUCUGGGGGCAGGAAGGGAUGAGGCCUGUGAUGUUAGGGAGAGGUCAGGUGGCUGAGGAAUGCCAGAGGAUCUAGUGUGGCCUCACAGGCCAUGGUGGGCUGCCCCAUCCCGGACAGGUGGGAGAGGCAACGCCCUGUUGCUCUCUGCUGUGAGUCUGGUGCAAGCUCUGCCAAGCUCGAGGGCACAGGGGGCUGCUCCAGCACUGCUGGGCUGUGUGGCUGUGUCCUUGCAGGUGAUUUUGCCCAUGUGUGUGUUUUGGGGGAACUCCUGGGACAGGCCAGCACUGUUCCUUUAUCAGUGUGAGUAGGGAGAGACACGUCUUGCUUAUCUGUGUUGGGACCACAAGAGUCUUUGGGGCUGCCCUGAGCCCUCACUCUGCAGGGCCUUGCCCACAGCUGAGAUCCCCCUGGCUGCUGAGAAGGAGCCAGUGGCUGCUGCCUGGCCAGGAGCUGCCUGCAAGGAAGCAUGGAUACAGGGGGAUGUGCCAGUGGGGAAUCUGAAAGGCAGCUCUCAGCACUAACCAGUGUGGCAAUGGAUUGUAUGAGCAGAGGGAGGAAAGGACAGAUGGCACCAGACAGACUGAUACUGUGGAGAGGCUCAAACACACGGAUGGAUGGAGCUGCUUAUCUGAUUUGUCUGGUUAGCAGCACAGGCACUUCUGUUUGCCUUGGUGCAAAAGGUGUUUUGGUAGCAAAUAUCUCUGUUGUUGUGCUUGGAAGCAGUGAGAGGCAGGAGACUUUGCUUGCCCUUUUUUAAGUAAAGAAUAUUAUAAUAUAUAUAUAUAUAUAUAUUAUUACAACAAUAUAAGUAGUGACCAUUAUAUAUAGUGACUAAAGGUUUAAAAGGGUCCUGCUGCCUUCAGAGAAGUCUCACCUGUGACUUCAGAUGUGUGCAGGGCUGACUGCUGUGUGCAGUGAGUGUGCAUGGGGGAACAGGAUACCACUGUACCAAAGUGAUGUCAGCUGUGAGGCUGCACCUGCCUGAGCACAAACCAGGGCUGAACCACGCCAGCCUGGGUGGCUGACAGCUGUCCUGCCUGCCACCAAAACUGCAACAGCUGCUGGACAGACACACAGCUCUGUGGGGCAUGGAGCAGGGUCUGGAGCAUCACUGCUCACGUGGCUGCUCCUGGCUAACACGAGCACUGAGAGUUUGGUGGUGAAACGUGUUGAUCCAAAGCAGGUUGUGUUGGGGCAAGAAAAUCUGUCACGUUUCUCCUUUCCCACACAGAGGUGUUUUCUCACUGUAGAUCCUCUGUAUGAAGAUGAUCACUGAUAGCCUGGGCAGCUCCAGUAGCAUCCCUCAGGGGUCCCUCAGCACACUGCUUUUCUCUCUGUACAGUUUAUUGACCCACAGCUAUUCCAUGUGCACUGACACCAAUGCCCACCUAAGGCCUUGUCCCACACAUCACUCACCUGCAGUAAAAUUAAUCCUGUGAACACAGCAAAAGUCCCAUUGUGGACAUCAUGAGUUUGGUAUCAAAUGAGUUUCUUCUGGCUGAACUGAAACAUGGCCGUGCUCCAGCAGAGCUGGGCUGGUUUGACAAAGCCCACAGGCACCACCUGAGAGUUUGCAAUUUUGGUUCCAUCUGUUUGCCAGCUAGUCCUGCACCUCCCCAGGAGGAGGAGAGCUUGGGCUGCUGUUCAGGGCCUUUCCUCGUGUGGCAUGUGCCUGUGACUGGGCUGCUGGGUGGGCUCAGUGUGUGCAGAACCCCAGUGGCUGUGCAGGAGCUGCUUCCCAAGGGGCUGGGACUGUGCUGGCAGUGGCAGCUGAGCCAGCUGAUGUUCAGACCUCCAUGAGCACUGGGGUUGGGAGUUUUGCAAGGCCAGGGAAUAGCUCUGCCUGCAGGCUGGGGUGAGCUGUGAUCCCCAGUGCAGCCAGAAUCCCAGGAAAUGACAGUGAUUUAUACACCAUCACUCUCCUGUCACUUCAUUCCUAAUGUAGCUCCUGCAGCAAAUCUUGCCUUCAAAGUAACUGUGUGUUCCUUCCAGGUCAGUCCUUUUUUGCCUGGAGGGUUGAAGCCCUCCUGGAUUUUGCUGAGCCUGAGGCAGACUUGGCCAUCAACCUGUGCAACCCAUACAGGCCAUGCUGGGUCACAAGGAGGAACAUUAUCCCUUUUAUUUCUGGAGCUGCAAAUGGCUGGAAAGCAGGUUCAAAGGGAACACUGAUGCCCUCUGUGCUGAAAGGAGGAAGGGAGCUACCAAAGCAAAUCCAGAGCUGGGUUCCUUGUAGGGACCAAGAUAAUAAUUUCUCCUGCUCUUAGCUCCUGAAGCAGAGGGGCCUCAGGGGUGAGAGCUGGGCUUUGAUGAAGACCCUGCAGGACUGGUGCCAGCUCGGUGCUCCUCAGGGGCUGCUCUGCCUCUGCCUGGGCCCGUGUUGCCCUGCCUGGAGCUCAGGGACCUCUGGCACAGGUUUCUACAGGAGGCUGGGGCUGAUGUUGUCCUG